AGAAGAUGAAGAAGAAGAUAAAGUUCAUAAUAAUAAACAGAGAACCGCCAUGAAGCCAUUAGCAAUGGCUUCCAUUAAGCCACUCUGCCAUCUCUCUUCACCAUUAAUGAAGCAUACAGCUCCGAUUCCCUGUAAACUCGCUCUAGAUUCCAUAGUUUCGUUUCCUUCCGCAUCAAAUUCAACGAUUCACCAUUCCCGAGGACAAGUUUCCGUCUCUAUCGCAUUCAAUCCGUCUGGAAAUUACGAUCUCUCUAUCCACGAUGAUGACAAUGUAGAUUUAUCUCAGGCUCCACCGCCAUUAAUGCCUCCAACAGAAGGGAGAUUUGAAGUGAAAAUAGAUAACGAUUGUAUUAGUCGGUUAGAUCUAACUCCAUUUCAAUCUGUAACUGGAAUUACUUCCCCUGUCUCAGCUGAGCCAGGGGAGUAUUUGGAGAAGACAAUAGGUUUCAGAAUAAAGUAUAUAAGAGAAGAUUCAUAUGAUGAAAGAGAGUUAUCUGAAUUUCCAGAUAUAAGAUUAUGGUUUGUGAGGCUUGAUGCAGAAUAUCCAUGGCUGCCAGUUUUGUUAGAUUGGAGGGGAGGUGAACUUGCUCGUUAUGCCGCCAUGUUGGUUCCUCAUCAGAUGAGUAUGAGAAUGGGAGUCGUGUUUAAUCCCGAGGCUUUGGAGUUGUUCAUAAUGAAGAAGGUAUUCAUAGUUUAUUCAUGGUUAAAGGAACAUGGUGUUUCGAAAGCUAGGGUGAAGACUAGUGAUAUGGCUAGGAUGCUUGGUUUUGGGAUUGGGGAUGAAUUGUUUGAUCUUAUUGAUGGAAUUCCUCUUCCUCCUCCGGUGGAUAUGGAAAUUUGAUAGUUAGGUUUUACUUAAAGACCACAUUUGAGUAGGGUUUGAACUUUGAGAGAUUUAUGUCUCAUGUUUGAAUUUGACUGAAAUGUGGUUAAUAAAAAAAAUCAUUUCUUAUUCCCGCCCGGAAGAUUUUAUUUUAGUUUUGUUCGAUUUUAAAUAAUAUUUGUGGUGA